GAGAUAGGAGACUGAUAGUAAACGAGGCGCCAUGGUGAAGGGUUGCUUGCAAUUGUGGUAUCUACAAAGAAGAACGUAGACCGCCAACAAAGGACACAAAGGAUCGAGGAAAGAAUGAAAGAAUGCAGAAAAAGGCACAAAAAAUGACAAAGAUCGCAAAAGGAUCUUCAACGUCACCAAAAACCUUAACUUAACCCUACCGUAUGGUUGGCAUCACGAGAAAUCCGUCACCACUCAUUUUUGGAAGAAAAACAGAGCAACAACUUUUCUUCUGCAUACCAGUACUUGAGACCAAGCCUCUGGGGUAGCAUUACUCUAUUGGAAGUCAAAGCAUUCUUGACUACUGUAUUAUCGAACCAUGGCGCCGUCUUCCAAUAAGGACAAGAAGAAGAAGACUGGUGGAAGCAACAACUCCCGCAUGAAGAAAUCGGAACAGAUUGCCGCGGAACUGAAGGCAUUGGCAGCCCGCAUUGAGCAAGAAGCACCUGCCCGAGGCUAUGCGCCCCCGUUGGAACAACGAGUGGCCUUUCGGGCGUUGCCCUUGUCGGAGCCUACCCUGAGAGGAUUGGAACAGGCCAAGCCGGCACCCUUCACCACCAUGACUGCCAUUCAGAAUGCUUGCAUUCCUCAUGCAUUGGCUAGGCGAGAUAUUCUGGGAGCUGCUAGAACUGGAAGUGGCAAGACAUUGGCCUUUUUGAUUCCCGUCCUGGAAACCCUCUAUCGUCAUCGGUUUGCUCCGGCCGAUGGCUGUGGCGCUGUCAUUUUAUCUCCCACACGAGAACUGGCCAUGCAAAUAUUCCAAGUCUUGCGACAAGUAGGGCGGCAUCAUGCCUUUUCCGUGGGACUCUUGAUUGGAGGCAAAAAGGAUUUUUACGAAGAACAACGAAUGAUUGGAGGGACCAACAUUAUCAUUGCAACACCCGGUCGUCUCUUGCAACACUUGGAACAAACACCCUAUUUUGAAAUGUCCGAAUUAAAAGUAUUGGUGCUAGAUGAAGCCGAUCGCUGUCUCGACAGUGGAUUCCGAGAUCAAUUGGUACGAAUCAUCAAGUGUCUUCCCCCCGUGGUGGAGGGAGAUCCUCAUAGACGACAAACACUCCUCUUUUCGGCAACACAAACCAACAAUGUCAAACAAUUGGCCACUUUGAGUCUCAACAAACCAGAAUAUCUCGGUGUACACGAUAAGGAAAAACGAUCCACUCCCGAAGGAUUGAAACAAUCCUACGUGGUCGUACCACUCGAGCACAAAUUGAAUGCGGUAUACUCGUUUAUCAAAACACAUCUCAAAUCCAAAACAAUCAUCUUUAUGGCGAGCUGUGCACAAGUCCGACAUGCCUGGGAACUAUUUUGCUCACUGAGACCCGGUGUCGUCGUCAUGGCAUUGCAUGGAAAGUUGGUACAAACCAAACGAACACAAAUCUACUUUGAUUUCCUCCAACGACCUCAUGCCGUCUUGUUUGCCACGGACAUUGCGUCGCGGGGACUCGACUUUAAAGCCGUCGACUGGGUCGUCAAUGUCGAUGCACCCGAAGAUAGAGACAUGUACAUUCAUCGAGUGGGCCGGACGGCACGAUACAAGGCAGGAGGGAAAUCUCUCUUGAUUUUGACGCCACAAGAAGAUCAAAAGGGAUACAUUGACUACUUGAAUCAGGGCAAGCAGCAAAAACUGCAGCUCAAUCGAUUGAGCAUCAAUCCAGACAAAACAGUGGUUGUCACCAAACGCGCCGCUUCCAUGGUGGCGAGCAAUCCCAAUCUACUCAAGUUGGCUAAAAAGGCGUACCAAUCCUAUCUCCGGUCCAUCUAUCUCAUGCCCAAUCGAGACAUUUUCAAUGUUCAGGAUUUGCCACUGGCAGCAUACGGCGAGAGUUUGGGCGUGGAUUCAAUCCCCAAUACCAGUCGGUUCCUCAAGGCGCUGGCCAAGGACCGAUCGGAAUAUCGAGAAGGCAAAAAUGUCAAUCGAAAGCUCCAAAAAUUGAAGGAGCAAAUCAAGGCCGAAAAGUUGGCCAAGAGACUGAAAAAGCUUGGCAAGAGUGCACCCGAAGUGAAAGAAAAGGGUGAAGAUAGUGAGGACGACGUAAUUGUCAAAAAGGCCAGCAAGUGGAACAAUGACGACGACAAUGACAGCAGCAGCAGUAGCAGUGAGGAUGAGAAUGAUGUACCCACGGAAACUGUCAAAAAGACACGUCAUCCCAAGAGCAUUCGAAUUGACGGAUCCAAUUCUGCCACCAAUAAGCAUAUCACGUUUGACGACGACGGCCAAGUAGAAGAUACGAGAGCUUUCUUGCGACAGAAACCAGAAGAAAUUGCGAAGAAAGUUCAAAAAGAAAAGGAAGGCCUCAAGGAAGCCAAUGAAGAGUUUAUUCAAAAGGUGCGAAAGCGUUUGGAGAGCACCGUGUCGCUGGAUCGCGCCGAGGAAAAGGAACGCGUUCGCCAGAAGCACAAGAAACGCCGACUAAAGGAGAAAGGAGAUAUCGAAGAGGAUGCUGAUGAGGGACCUGCGGUCGUGUUGGGAACGGCUGAUGACGACGAUGACAGUAGUAGCAAUGGACCCUCGGAUGCAGGCGGCGAUGACGAAAGCAGCAGCAGCAGUGACGACGAGUCUAUCGACCUGAAGGCUCAAGAGGAGAUGGCACUUUCCCUAAUUCGUAACGGUUAGACCAUGGCUUAAUAAUAGGUAUAUUGGUUACGACUG